AAAGAAAAGAAAAAGCAACAUUCGUUCAACAUCCAUCCCAUAAUUUCAAACAAGUCUUCUUCCUCCCAUUUUUUUGCCCCAGCAAUUUUCUCCUUCUUUCAAACGCGUCGUCGGUCGACAUAUUCUCCGGGAAUCAUUUUUCAUCUUCCCGAUCAUUUCUCGGCCGCCGAUCACCUUCUCGCUCUCUCAUUCCUUUUCGUUAAUUACUUGAUCAUUUCGCUCUAUAUCUCGCAGCUCCACCUCUAAAUUCCUCGAUUAUCUGUGUUGAUUUGAGGAGAAAUGUCAAGUCAAGGCCGGAAAAGUUUUUCGUCGUCAUCUUCACAUGCAAAGAACAAAGCCGUAGAAAAUGGAGGUCUUUCUGAUGCUGCUCGAAAGCCUUUCCCUUCCUCACGCACUAUAGGAUUAACUGGAGAACGGACAGUAAAGCGCUUGCGACUAUCAAGGGCUCUUACGAUUCCUGAAAGCACAAGUGUUUAUGAUGCUUGUCGUAGGAUGGCUUCUCGCAGGGUAGAUGCUGUAUUAUUGACUGAUUCAAAUGCUUUACUCUGUGGUAUUCUUACAGAUAAGGAUAUUGCUACACGAGUUAUUGCUGAAGAUCUUAAUCUUGAAGAAACCCCUGUUUCAAAAGUGAUGACCAAAAAUCCUGUAUUUGUUCUUGCUGACACUCUAGCUGUGGAAGCCUUGCAAAAGAUGGUGCAAGGGAAAUUUAGGCAUUUGCCGGUAGUGGAUAAUGGAGAGGUUAUAGCUUUGCUUGACAUAGCAAAGUGUUUAUAUGAUGCCAUUGCUCGUAUGGAGAGGGCAGCUGAAAAAGGAAAGGCCAUUGUUGCAGCUGUUGAAGGCGUGGAGAAAAAUUGGGGCUCAACGGUGUCUGGCCCUAAUACAUUCAUCGACGCACUAAGGGAGCGAAUAUUUAGGCCUUCAUUGUCUACAAUUCUUUCUGAGCAUUCAAAGCUCCUUACUAUAUCACAAACUGACACCGUCUUACAAGCGGCAAAGAAGAUGCUUGACUUGCGUGUUAGUUGUGCUAUUGUGACUUUUGAAAAUAAGCCAAAGGGCAUUUUAACUUCCAAGGAUAUAUUGAUGCGGGUGAUUGCACAAAAUCUUCCUUCAGAUUCAACACUUGUUGAAAAGAUCAUGACACCUAAUCCAGAAUGUGCAACGGUUGAUACUCCGAUUGUUGAUGCUUUGCACACGAUGCAUGAUGGGAAAUUUUUGCAUUUGCCAGUUGUGGAUAGAGAGGGACACGUUGUUGCUGUUGUUGAUGUAAUUCACAUCACCCAUGCAGCUGUUGCCACUGUCGGCAAUACUGGUGGGAUAAAUACCGAAGCUACUACCAAUAUGAUGCAAAAAUUUUGGGAUUCUGCUAUGCAAUUGGGGCCUGCAGAUGAUGAAGAGGAUUCGAGGAGUGAGGGAUCCCUUAAAUUGGCGUCUGAAAGCGGCGAUACAACAAAAUCCUAUCUCACAUCUUCGAUUCAAGCAAAUAGCUUUGCCUUCAAAAUAGAAGACAAGAGAGGCUGGAUGCAUCGAUUUAUAUGUGAUACUCGAAGUUUGACCGAUGUCAUUACUUGCAUUCUUCAAAGAGUGGGUGAUGAUAUUGAUCACAACAAUCUGCCUCAAAUUUUGUAUGAGGAUGAAGAUGGUGAUAAAGUUGUCCUUGCUACUGAUGGUGAUCUUGUUGCAGCUGUAGAUCAUGCUAAGCUAGCUGGGUGGAAGGGAUUAAAACUACAUUUAGAUUAUUCUGGCUCACGACGUCGUAAACAUGCUUCUGGAUCUGCGAGCUUAGACUAUGCUCAGGCUGAUGCAUGGGCAUCUGCAUACAGUGCAGUAGCAGCUAGUGCUGCACUUGUUGCUGGAUUGGGUGUCCUUGCUUAUCUGCGGAGAAGUGGAUGAUAAGCGUACUUCAGUUUUGGUAAUGAAGGCUCUUGACAAAUACAACAAGAUUUCAUUUGCAGGACCAAGUAGUGAGUUGCAAUUCUUAUUCAUGUCGAUUUUUUGUCGGCUAAGUGUGUGAUUAGCCAUGCGUGAAACAAAUAACAGAUUUGUAAAUGUUAAAUGGAAGAAUAUAGCUAAUAAAAAUCCCAAAUGCAUGUAAUUUCAUACUUUUAACGAUACGAACAGAGCCAGCUGAUGAGUUUUGAUAUAUGAUGAAGCAUUGUGUUGGUGUUUUGCUA